AUGGCCGACUACAAGUUCGAGGGAUGGCUGGGCCACAGCCCCGAGAGCGCCAACGGCAAGAUGGAAUGGGGCGCCUUUGAGCCCAAGAAGUGGACUGAGGACGACGUCGACAUCGAGGUCUCCCACUGCGGCAUCUGCGGCUCUGACCUUCACAUGCUGCGCUCAGGCUGGGCCGAGACACCCUAUCCCUGCUGCGUCGGCCACGAAAUCGUCGGCAAGGCCGUCCGCGUCGGCAGCAACGUCAAGGGCAUCUCCGUCGGCGACCGCGUCGGCGUCGGCGCCCAGGCCCGGUCUUGCAUGAAGCCCGACUGCCCUGAGUGCUCGACCGGCCGCGAGAACUACUGCGGCCGCGCCAACGUCAGCACCUACGGCUCCGUCUACCCGGACGGCGAGGGCAAGUCGUACGGCGGCUACGCCGACUACAACCGCACCAACGGCAACUUCGUCAUCAAGAUCCCCGAAGGCCUCUCCUCCGAGGACGCCGCGCCCAUGCUCUGCGGCGGCAUCACCGUCUUCUCGCCCCUGAAGAACAACGACUGCGGCCCCGGCAAAACGGUCGGCAUCGUCGGCGUCGGCGGCCUCGGCCACUUUGGCGUGCUCUUCGCCAAGGCCCUGGGCGCCGACAAGGUCGUCGGCAUCUCGCGCAAGGCCUCCAAGAAGGACGAGGUGCUGAAGCUGGGCGCCGACGAGUACAUCGCCACGGACGACGACAAGGACUGGGCCAAGAAGAACGCUCGCAGCAUCGACCUCAUCGUCUGCACCGUCUCCAGCGAGAAGAUGCCUCUCCAGCAGUACCUGCAGCUCCUCAAGGUCAACGGCACCUUUAUCCAAGUCGGUGCCCCCGACGGCGGUAACCUCCCCCCCAUCAACGCCUUCACCCUCCUCAUGUCCGGCAUCAAGGUCGGCGGCAGCGGCAUCGGCUCCCCCUCCGAGAUCAAGGCCAUGCUCGACCUCGCCGUCGAGAAGAAGGUCAAGCCCUGGGUCCAGAAGCGGCCGCUCAAGGACGCCAACCAGGCCAUCAUCGAUAUGGAGGCCGGCCACGCCCGCUACAGAUACGUGCUGGUCAACGAGAAGCAUGCCAAGUUGUGA